CUAACAACUCCGGUGUCUUUAUUUUACUGCACGUGUUUUGGGAAGUUUGCUUGAGUUCUCACGAACCAACUCAAGAAGGAUUACAUGCAUAGAGUAAAUUCGGUUCAGGGGAAAAGAAAUCUGAAUUAAAGCGUAAUUAUUAAGCAUCAUGGCUAUUUUGAUUUGAGCGUGGCAGUGCAGUAGCAUCACCUGUGUGUUCCUCUUUCAGUUUCUUUAAGUGUUUGAUGUUAAUGCCGCUGGUGCGUGUUGCAGUUGGUGCAGCGGUGCGAGCGGGCACCCGUAAUUGGGUCCGGUGUGUUUCGGGUGGGGCAUCGAGUCCGAGCCUUUCGAUAUGGCGGCGGAAGAAGGAGAUUGGCAAAGAAGGGCUGCUCGUGGCCAAAGAGCUCAAGAGGCUUCGGUCCGACCCGGUCCGCCUCGACCGCUACAUCCGGUCCAGCGUCUCCCGCUUGCUCAAGUCCGACCUAGUGGCCGUCCUCGCCGAGUUCCAGAGACAGAACCAAGUCUUCCUCUGUAUCAAGUUGUAUGAAAUAGUCCGGAAAGAAAUAUGGUACAGGCCGGACAUGUUUUUUUACAGGGACAUGCUGAUGAUGCUUGCACGAAACAGAAGGGUGGAAGAAGCUAAGAGAGUUUGGGCUGAUUUGAAAGAGGAACAAGUUUUAUUUGAUCAGCAUACAUUUGGGGAUAUUAUCAGAGCUUUUCUGGAUAACGGGUUGCCCUCAGAGGCAAUGGAGAUAUAUGAAGAAAUGAGACAGUCUCCUGAGCCUCCUCUUUCAUUGCCUUUUCGUGUGAUACUGAAAGGGCUCAUUCCUUACCCAGAAUUAAGAGAGAAAGUAAAACGUGACUUCUUAGAAAUUUUCCCAGAUAUGAUCAUCUACGACCCUCCGGAGGACUUGUUUGAAGAUAAUUAGCAGGAAAACGAUGGAGAUAAUAAUAUUAUUGCUUAUUUCAUAAUUAAGUCAAUUUAUCCACAGUGAGAUGUGCAUUUUAUAUGUUCUAAACUAAUUUUUUUAUCCCAUAUAUCUUACUUAAUCAAUGUUAUUUAUCCAUAGUUUGUAUUAUCCUUCA